AUGGCCCGUUUAACAGUCAGGCAAAAGAUACACUUGGUUGCCCUUCUAGUCUUCCAUUUGGAUAUGUUGGAAACUAUGUACACCAUGCUCGUCCUUCUUGGGUUGGCUAAUGCACUUAAUACACGGGGUAGACGUAGGGCUGCUACAUCAUAUGCCAGUGAGUCUGCGUCUAGAUUUAAGAACUAUUUGGGAGCCUUAGAUGGAACAUACAUAAAGGUUCACGUGCCGACUGACGAUAUACCUAGGUGUCGGUCAAGGAAAAGUGAAAUCACAACUAAUGUCCUUGGUGUUUGCACACCUGACAUGCAGUUUAUAUAUGUCCUCGCUGGGUGGGAAGGUUCCGCUGUAGAUGGUAGACUUCUUAGGGAUGCCAUUACUAGGAGAAAUGGAUUAAAGGUCUCCCAAGGGCAUUACUAUUUGUGCGAUGUUGGAUACACUAACGGGGAAGGGUUUUUGGCCCCUUAUCGAGGACAACGAUAUCAUUUGAGUGAAUGGCAACAAGGUCACCAACCGGCAUCACCACAAGAAUUUUUUAACAUGAAACACUCUCAAGCAAGAAAUUGUAUUGAUCAAUGUUUAGGCAUCCUGAAAGCUCGAUGGGGAAUAUUGAAAGACGCAUCUUACUACCUCAUCAAAACUCAAUGUAGAAUCAUUACUACAUGUUGUCUUUUGCACAAUUUCAUAAAGUUUGAGUUGCCUAUUGACCCUGUUGAAGCGGAGCUUCAGGAAGAGGUGAAUGAUGAAGGGCUAAAGGAUGAUGAAGGGGAAUUGAUCAGGCACGUUGAGCCUAGUGCCGCGUGGACUGCAUUUAGAGACAAUUUGGCGGCUGAAAUGUUCAAUACUUGGAUGGCUGCACAGAAUGAAUGA